UCAGGAGCCGGCGUCCCCCCCGUUGCCCGUGGCAACCAUUGAGCGGCGUCUCGCUCGCCCUUGACCCUGCAGUGGGAGAGUAAACAGGGCCUCCAUUGGCCAGCCGGAGAAGGGAGGCCAAUCGGAGCAGAGCUUGUAAGGAGGCGGCCGGGAGAGGCGGUGGGGGUAGGAAGCUAGGGUUAGAGGCUACCGGCGAGGCUCGAAGCCCAGCGCGGUCGGCCGGAGCCAGCAUGUCUGUCCGGAGGCACAUUGGGAAUCCUGAGUAUCUGACCAAAAGAAUACCACAAAACCCAAGGUAUCAGCAUAUAAAGUCAAGACUGGAUACUGAUUAUAGAUACAGAAAGGAUGAGCUCUUCAAGAGACUAAAAGUUACAACCUUUGCCCAGCUGGUCAUCCAAGUUGCUUCCCUAUCUGAUCAAACACUGGAAGUGACAGCUGAAGAGAUUCAAAGGCUAGAAGACAAUGACUCUGCUACUUCAGAGCCGGAUGGGGAAGUCGGUGCCAGGACCAAUGGGAAAGGGAGCCCCGGGGAGCAGUCGCCAAGCCCCGUGCAGUUCAUAACCAGUGCAGGAGCUGGAGAUUCCAGUCGCUCGACCCUGCAGAGCGUCAUCAGUGGUGUUGGGGAACUGGAUCUAGACAAAGGGCUAGUGAAGAAAGCAGAGCCCAACACCAAAGACAAACCUUAUCCCGACUGCCCCUUCCUGCUACUAGAUGUGCGAGACAGAGAUUCUUACCAGCAGUGCCACAUUAUUGGAGCUUACACUUAUCCAAUUGCAACUCUGUCUAGAACAAUGAACCCUUAUUCAAAUGACAUUCUUGAAUAUAAAAAUGCCCACGGCAAGGUCAUCAUUCUGUAUGAUGACGACGAGAGGCUGGCCAGCCAGGCGGCCACCACCAUGUGUGAGCGGGGAUUUGAAAACCUCUUCAUGCUUUCUGGAGGUCUAAAAGUCUUAGCUCAGAAAUUCCCAGAAGGACUGAUUACGGGUUCCCUGCCAGCAUCUUGCCAGCAGGCCCUUCCUCCUGGCUCUGCCCGGAAACGAUCCAGCCCCAAAGUGCCGCCCCCACCAGCUGAGAACAAGUGGAGAUUUACUCCAGAAGACUUAAAAAAGAUAGAAUAUUACCUGGAAGAGGAUCAGGGUCCUACGGACAAUCCUAGCCGGCUGAGCCAAGCUAACGCCUCCGGAAGAGACUCCAAGGCUCCAGGCACCCGCAGCGGUCAGACCCUCCCGGCUGGGGGCCCUGGCGGCCCCCCGAAUGCCCGUUCGCUCAGCAGUGGCCACCUGCAAGGCAAACCCUGGAAGUAAAGACUUUGUCUGUCUUAGAUGAAUAAAUACUUUUCUUCUCCUUUCGGAAUCCCUGAGCAGUUCCCAAGUUGGUCAUUUUCAGAAACUGCUGCAGAGGACAGACCACGCACGCCAUGUGUGACAGGCCCUCCUCCCUCUGCCCAGGUCCAGCUCCUUUCCUGAAUCCAGCUCGCAAGGAGUUUUACAAAAACCAGAGGCAUGACAGGCUCUAGUGUCCUCCUUGUUGUUUACAGAAUAUUUAAGUUCUGAAACUGAGUAGGAAAAAAAGAGUCUAAUUUUUUAGGCCUUUCUUUUAAAAUAAGGUCCAGCCUGUAUUGGUUGAUGUCCAGCAUUGUUUUAUACAUUCUUCAUUCACAUCUUGUGCAUUCUUCCCAACCAGUUCUUUUUCACUCACUGUUCUGGGUUUCAUGAAGGUUCUGUGAGGCUGGUGCCUGGAGUGUUGCUCAGUGUUCAGGUUUGGUUGAGCGACUCUCACCCUCCUCGAGUGUUCCUCCUCCCCGGAUGUUUUCCUGAACCAGCACCCUGACGAUGUGUGCUCAGCUGCCUUCACACGGGGCAUGAGGGCCCCUCCCAGGAAAGCCCGUCCACUGUAUGGGGCUGUGAAGGGCCGGGAAGCCCUCCCCCUUCCCCCUCCCCCCACCCCGCUGCCCUCCUCCCCCCCACACCUGCCCCUCGUCUGCUGUCAGUUCAUUGGUGGUAAACUUCCAUUCCGGCUUUGGUCGGUCCAUCCUAGAUGGAUCGGAAUUACGGCCACUUGAAAACAUAGCUUCAGUUGGGCAGCGGCAGGCCCACAAGGUGAGGACGUGUCCCGGUCCUCCAUCAGGGCUGACAGUCCCUUUGAGCCCCAGCUUAAAAAUACAGUAUUAGUCUAAUUGAGUAAUUAGUGCAAUUUCCUGCUUACUUUUCAUUCUCAUGACUGAGCUGUGAUUAGGAGGUUGUGAUUAUAGAUUCUGGUUUAGGCCAGAAUUUUGAAUCAGCAUUAAUUGAAUUGCUAGGUGACUGACAUUCAUUCCAUUUAAUUGGGGGGAACAAAAGACCGCAGGUAAGGAUGAGGGACUCCGAAAUGAUCAGGCAAAGGGAAAGAGCCUUGUUAAUUUUUAUGGUCUGUGAUCUGUAGCUGUGAUAAGGGACCAAGGAAUAAAUUGCGCCCUUUGUCAUGGCAACCAGCUUCUGAAAAGCCAACUGAAAAUUGCCUAUCCUUAGGUGGUUCCUGCUGCCGGGUAAGAUUUGCCUUAACAGGACUAUUUUUCUCUCCACCAAAAAAAAAGAAAAGAAAAAGUACUGCAGUAUUUCUAGCGUGGGGGGCUGUGUUUGUAAGAGAAAUAAAGGUAAUAAAUAUCUCGUAGAGACAUAUGGAAAAAUAACUUUCAGAUUCAGCCCAGUCCUGUUUUAGUGUGUUUAUUCUUCUCUACUUGAUUUCCAAAGCACAACAUAUUCCGAUGCUUUAGAAAUCAAACAAACCAGGGACAUUGUUCAGAUGUCAAGCCGUGCCCAAUUUUCCACAAGAUUCAAGAAUCUUGUAUAAAAUGCAGCCAACGUACACAUAGCUUUAAUGAGGAGCCUGUCAUGUUUCCCCAUAAAUUUAUUGCCUGAGACUUAGUUCAGCCUUUUGCUAAUGCCAGAAUGCUCUGGCUUUUUAUUUUCUUUACGGCAUAGAUUUUAAAAAAUGCAAAUUUUUCCACACUCCACUUUCUCCUGGCAUGGACAAGAUUUUCAGCCAUUUAUGACGCAUAUACAUUUCUCUCUGUAACAAAGUUCUGUUUAUGCCAUUUUAAAGUUGACUAGUCAGGAGUUUAGAUUUCCCCCCCUCAAUUCUACUUUGAAAACAAUGGUAGUUCCCCCUUUGUUCCUCCUCUGCAUUCCGAUCACCAAACCCCCUUAGAGUGUUAGAACCUACUGUAUAUAUGUGGAAGUCACUGUAGCCAAACCUCUUAGAAUCGCUGUGCAUUUAGCUGAGACAUCUGGCGGGUUGAAUAUAUUUAUGUGUGUUUCUCCAUAGUGCUUUGCCUGUUGGUAAGGAUUUUAAAUAGCUACCCCUCAAAGACCUGUUCUGAUUCUCCUCUUUCUGUGUUAAGUGUCCACUUGCAGAUAGUUUUUGCAUGGUUAGGUUAUUGCUUCGAACAUUCUGCUUUACUAGCUUCUUCAUUAGAUUAACUGACAUGUAUUAUUUAAGUGAUCAGUGUUACUCUGUGCAAUUAUGGAUGUCGAAGAUUAAAGGACAUAGUUAUUAACUUGUUGUUUGCUUUUAAUAUGCCAAGAUUUGCAGACUUCUCUCUUCCUCUCUGUUGAGAUGGUUUGGGGGAGCCGCGAGCCUGAGGUGAUUUGAGAGCAUACCUCUUUUAACUGCAUCUCCCAAGAAGGCACAUAUUCUUUGUAUAAAGAAAAUCAGGACAUCAUUCCAGCUAGGGUAGGAGACGUUAGCCCUCUACACAGAAGGCCUGGGUUUCUCCUCCUGCUCAGGCAGGGACUGAUUGUCCCUUAAGCACAUCACAGCAGGAGUCAGUGUUCCAGGGAUUGAUGGGCUGCCCUUGCCUGGGAACUUGUGAAACUCCCCCUGCCCCCCCCACUCACGAUGGUAGGUGCUUUAAUGAUGUACAGCUGCAGCUCCACCUAAGCAUUGAUGGCCAAUGUCUAAAUAAUACGUUCCGUGCUUUAAAGGUGUGUGUAUUUCAGGAAAGGAAAAAAGGCAAGGAAGUAAGAAAAGGAGUGAGGGAUGGGGAGGGGAAGCUACAUUACUCAUUCGAAAAUAAAAAGCACAUCUUGGGCUGUAAUAAUGCCAGGUUUAAUCUACUGAAAGGCGGAAUGAUGCAAAUGGCCUCAAAGUAAUUUUAUAUUUUACCUUUAGUAGAAAAACCAGAAUCAAGGCAGUCAUAUUGGACUUGGCGUAAAUCAGAAUUAUAAGAGAACAAGUAGUGUUCAUUAGCUGCUGAGGGAUCUUUCCCUGUGGUGCUAUCGAGAUUAUAUACAAAUUAUUAUUUUUUUAAGAUUUUUUAUUUAUUCAUUCAUGAGAGACACAGAGAGAGAGAGAGAGAGGCAGAGACACAGGCAGAGGGAGAAGCAGGCUCCAUGCAGGGAGCCCGAUGUGGGACUUGAUUCCAGGACUCCAGGAUCAUGCCCUGGGCUGAAGGCAAGCUCUAAACCACUAAGCCACCCAGGCGUCCCUAUACAAAAAUUCUUAAGACUCUAGGCCACUCACCAAGAAAACAGAACAAAACAAAAACCUUCUUUUCCCUAAUUCCCUAGUGGAAUAUCAGUGAAAUCAGAGUCCUAGGCUAGGAAGAAAGAUGUAGGUAAUUUUUCUUGUGUUGGUUUUGGUUUCUGUCAUGUUACAUAUCGGUUAUAGAUUCUGUCUUUAUGUUAUCCGACAUUUGGCAAGGGGCAGGAUAAUUAAUUUCUGUCCACCUAGAUUUACAUCCACAACUCCUUCCUUGCCCUACCCCCAUGAUUAUCAUAGAGAGCCUUUCUUUCCCUGGUUGCAGAAUGCUGUCAGUGUCUUUCCUAUGCGUUCAGAUUCUUCACAAUUCUUUCAAAGAUAUGGUUCCCAUAAUUAUUUUCCCUCCUCCUCCUCCUCCUCCUCCUCCUCCUCCUCCUCCUCCUCCUCCUCCUCCUUCUUCUUCUUCUUCUUCUUCUUCUUCUUCUUCUUCUUCUUCUUUUUUUACAAGAAACAUCAGACACAUAGAUAAUAAAUAAUUCAUCAGUUUAAUUAUGCAGGCAUGAUGAUAGCUUAUAUGCAGUUCAAUUAAUUUUUUGCUUAACAAAUAUGUUAUUUCCUAUACUGUGCUUCCAGAGUGUUCAGAAUACAUUUGGAUAGUAAUACUUACCUAAAAUUGUGGUAAUUAUUGACAUUGUUAUUGUGGUGUCCUUAAAUUGAUACAUAAAUCAGUUAUAGCAUGGAAAAUAUAAUGGUGGAAAUUUGUUGGCAUUGCAUUCUGACAAAACAGGAAACAGUGCAUGAUUUUAUGUGUGUUUACAAAACUGUGUUUGUCACACUGCGAUCCCCUUAAAAAGUCUCACUCUCUGAAGCUGAUCUGCCUUUGUUCUGAAUGCAGAAGCAAACUCUCUUCGCCUGUGUAACAUCUUGGAGCAUCUGGUAAAACGCAUGGUAAAUAGAGGACACUUAUUAAAUAGGCCACUAUUGACUUAUGGACUGCCUUUUUCAAAGGAUGCAAAUAUGUCUUCUAUUCGUCAUUAUUUUGACUAUAAGCUCCCAGAGGGUGAAAAUCACCAGCGAUAUGACAGUGACCUUUAGUAAGUGGGUGUGAAUAAAUGAAUUGAACCUGUCAAGACUGAAAUCGGGGAUGUAGGGCCAUUAUGGUGGCCACUCAAUGCUGGCCUGCCAUCCCGGAGACCCAGAGAGCUCGUUAUCUUUUGUCCCCAUGUACAUCCUUUGCUUUUGUAGGAGAGGCAUUCACAAGCUGGAGAUUUUUAGAUUACCCACUGCAGGGGGCACCCUAGGAGCUGUUAGGGGUAUUAUUAUUACCCUGGCUGUCUACAGUCAGCCAGGCCUAUUUUCAUGCCCCCUCACCCCACCCCCUGGCUGAAAGUAGCCUUCAGAAUUCAUCAGACACAGGUUGCACACCGUCCCCAUCUGAAAGCAGGUUCUUUUUCUCUUUUGUUUCAAAUCUUGAAGCUUUCCGGAUAAUAAUCCUAGCAAACGCGUGGAGAGCUUACUCUGUGUUAGGCAGUGUUCCUAGACUCUUCCAUAUGUGUUUUGACUCAUUCGGUUCUCACAACAGUCCCAUGAGGUGGGUGCCCCAUUUUCAGGUGACGUGGCUGAGGAGCAGGUGGAAAUUAAGCAAGUCGCCUGGAGCCCGAGCCUCUGAGCUAACAGGUGAGAAGCCAGGAGCCAGCCUGCAAGCUGUGGCUUCCCAGCCAGUUGGUUGGGCCACUGGACGCCCUGCUUCCCUCAGCCUUGCCCUCCCUCGGUGACGCCCCCGCAACUCACCAACGUGAAUGUAACCUUCCCCUGGGUGUCAUCUUCCCUUCCCUCCUUGUCACCUGAGCUCCCACCACAAGCCAUCCUCCUCGGCCAGCGCAAAAGGCAACAGGAAGUCAGAGACAGCACGUCUGCUCCCAGGAGCAUGUCCUUUCCACAAAUCCACCGUCGGUGUCCAGGGACCCGUCUCGAGGACAGAUGCACCAGGGUCUCUGAGAUCUGUUGCAUGUCGAAAUGAACACUCAUGAGGCCUCACUUAAGGAGUUCCAAACUUCUAACCUGACUGUUGGAGAAGAAAUGGGCUGCUUCCAUAGAUCAAACUAUUCAGUUAAUAAACCAUAUUGCUAUGA